GGAAAGGAAGCGCGUGAGGGCGGCUCGGGAUAGCGGCUCCUCAGCGACGCCGCCGGUGUCGGCGGGAAGAACAACAACAGCUGGCGUCACGGGCGGGGAGGGGCGGUAGCGAGGGCACUACCGGGGAGAGGGGCAGGAGGCUCCUCCUCCCCGCCUGCCCGGUGCCGGCGGCAGGGGUGGAGCUUGUGUUGGGCACCAGACAUGGCCGCGGUCCCCGCUGCUGCCGAGGGGCAGGAGCCUCUGCUCAGCUCAGGAGGGGAUGACGAGAGCAGUGCUACCACAGUUUAAUAGGGAAGUGAGAGCCAAAAAGCAAAUAUGUGCUAUGAUAGGUGAUGUGCCUUUCGCUUCAGCAAGACGUACCACAAAAUGCUGCAACUCAGAGAGGAAAAUAUUGGAAGACAUAUUUAUUAGAUAUGGGGAUGUUGUUGAAACCCAACAGCAUUACAGGAGUAGGUGGAGGUCCAUUCGUAUUAUGUAUCUUACAAUGUUUCUCAGCAGUGUAGGUUUUUCAAUUGUAAUUAUGUCAGUAUGGCCAUAUCUGCAAAAGGUUGAUCUGACAGCAGAUGCAAGUUUCUUGGGAUGGAUUAUUGCUUCAUACAGUCUUGGACAAAUGAUAGCCUCACCUCUGUUUGGUUUAUGGUCCAAUUACAGGCCAAGAAGAGAACCACUUGUUGUUUCAAUUGCCAUUUCUGUGGCUGCUAACUGCCUUUAUGCCUAUGUCCAUUUACCUUCCUCACACAACAAAUACUAUAUGCUGGUUGCUCGUGCCCUUGUGGGGUUUGGAGCAGGAAAUGUAGCAGUAGUUCGAUCAUACAUUGCUGGUGCCACUUCUCUUACAGAAAGAACUAGUGCCAUGGCCAACACCAGUGCUUGUCAAGCAACGGGAUUCAUACUAGGACCAGUUUUUCAGACUUGCUUCUCUCUGAUUGGAGAAAAAGGAGUGAUGUGGGAAAUCAUUGAUCUCCAGGUGAACAUGUACACAGCACCAGUUCUACUGGGAGCUCUCCUAGGCAUUAUCAAUAUUAUUCUAAUCUUUGCCAUAUUCAGAGAACAUCAAGUGGAUGACAUGGGAAGACCAUGCAAAAGUAUCAAUUUUAAAGCAGAAGAAAGUGAUUAUGUGGAUCAGGAUGCCCAAGGAAACAUUGACCAGGUUGCUGUUGUAGCAACCAACAUUCUUUUUUUUGUCAUCUUGUUUGUUUUUGCUGUCUUUGAAACCAUAGCUACUCCAUUGACAAUGGAUAUGUAUUCCUGGACCAGGAAAGAAGCAGUUUUUUAUAAUGGAAUAAUCCUUGGUGCAGUUGGCAUUGAAUCAGUCAUUGUCUUUAUGGUGGUUAAAGUAGUUUCUAAGAAGACUGGUGAACGUGCUAUACUCUAUGGAGGCCUACUGAUUGUCUUGGUUGGAUUCUUUAUCUUGUUACCUUGGGGAAAACAAUUACCAAAUAUCCAGUGGGAAGAUAUAAAGAAUAAUUCCAUUCCCAGAAUCAUCUUCAAUGAAAUGUUUACACCUUUCUGGAAGCUCCGAACAACACAACUACCAUCCAAUCACACAGUAGAGCCAACAGGAUGCUCUGUUGUGCAGCCCUGGUGCCUGUACACUCCAUUGAUCCACCUGGCCCAGUAUAUCACCUCUGAUAUACUGAUAGGGUUGGGCUAUCCAGCCUGUAAUGUCAUGUCCUAUACGUUAUACUCAAAAAUUCUAGGACCAAAGCCUCAGGGUGUCUACAUGGGCUGGUUAACUGCCUCUGGAAGUGGAGCACGUAUACUGGGCCCAGUAUUUGUGAGCCAAAUAUAUACUCACUGGGGACCUCGCUGGGCAUUCAGCUUAAUCUGUGGAAUAAUUGUAUUCUCCCUUUUACUCCUGGAAGCAGUGUACAAGAGACUUACUGCAUUUUCAGUCAGAUAUGGAACGAUGCAAGGAGAGAGAGGAUGUCUGUGGAUGGAUGCUUGGUGUGGAUAAUAAAUGAAUGAUCAGGGAGGUGCCAGCCUAAGAAUCCAGUGUCCAUCGGCCGAAGAAGGUAUCAAGUGGAAACAACUAGACGACCCCCGGAGGGCAGACUGGAAUCCACUCAACAGCCUCAAGGAUGGGAGAACCGAAGAAUACGGAGCUGUCAGGAAUGUGCCAUCUGCUGAUUGAUUCAGCAACAGCAUGAUGAAGCAAUUCCCAUAGACUGGCAUAGGAAUAAAUUCCUAUAAAAAUGGACUCUAGAAACUGAGAACUUUAAGGUCUGAUUCUGCAAACCAACUUCCAGGAGCAUCAGAUGAGCAUCUGACAAGGCCCUGCUUCCUCAUGUCCAGGCCACCUAGCCAGUUGCUUGGCAUGAGCAAUUCUAAGGCUGGUAACUAUGAUAACCUUGCAGAACCUUUAUGUGUGUAUGAAUUAAUGUCUUAAUAAAUAUGAAAUUGAAUGGAAUGUUAUAGCUAUAACUGCUUACAAUGAUUCUUUCUGUAUUCACAAUAAAUGUGGCAUUUUACAUUA